AUGGUCCACCUGUUUGAAUGGAAAUGGACUGAUAUAGCUAAAGAGUGUGAAAACUUCCUCCAAUACUAUGGAUAUGGAGCAGUCCAAGUUUCUCCCCCAAUGGAACAUAUUACUAUUGUACAAAACAACAACAUGCCUUGGUGGAUCAGGUAUCAGCCAGUGAGCUACCAACUCAGUUCAAGAAGUGGAAGUGAAUCUGAGUUCAAAGAUAUGGUUAACCGUUGCAAUAAUGUUGGCGUCAGAAUAAUUGUAGAUGUAGUUAUGAAUCAUAUGGUUGGAGUUGGACAGAAGAAAGGAGUUGAUGGAACCCAAUCAUCAGGCACAAGCACUUUCGAUGGUACUGAUGGAGUUGAACAAUUCCCCGGGGUUCCGUAUAAUUCUAAUAACUUCAAUGAUUUCCGCUGCCAUGGUAACAUUCAGGAUUCAGAUUUCCAGAAUUCAGCCGAGCAUGUAAGAAACUGUCGCUUGGUAGGGCUUCUAGAUUUGAACCAGGGCGAUUCUGUAGUGAGAAACAAGCUAAUCGGGUUUUUGGAUUCAUUGAUUGAUAUCGGUGUAGCUGGAUUCCGUUGUGAUGCAUCUAAACAUAUGUGGCCUGGCGAUCUUGAAGCUAUCUUGAACGGUACAAAGAAUCUUCGAACGGAUAUUUUCGGACAAAAUGUCAGGCCUUUCGUUGUUCAUGAAGUUAUUGACCGUGGAGGAGAAGCUGUCAAAUGUGCCGAUUACGUGACAAUAGGAAGAUACACAAACUUCAACUUCGGUUCAGCUGUGUCUAGUUAUGCUAGAGGACAAGGAGAUUGGAGAAACGCAGUGAAACUGGGUCCUGGGUCAGCAUAUGGAAACGGGGAAGAUCAUGAUGUAUUGACGUUCAUUGAUAAUCAUGAUAAUCAGAGAGAUUCCAAUCCUUAUGUGGUUACUUAUAAAGAUAAAGAGAGAUAUAAGUUAGCAGUUGCUUUCAUGUUGGCAUGGCCAUACGGGUAUCCUCGUGUAAUGAGCAGUUAUUACUUUUCAUAUUCUGAUCAGAGCCCUCCAAACUCCGGAUCUGGAGCAAACUAUGCCACUACUUCUCCAGCUUUCAAUGACGAUUUGACUUGCAAAGAAAGUUCAGGUUGGGUUUGCGAACAUCGUUGGCCAUCUAUUAGACAAAUGGCUCAAUUCCAUUCUUCGGUUAGUGGAACGGCUGCUUCAGAUAUUUUUUCUGAUUACAAUAGAAUAGGAUUUGCUAGGACUGGCAAGGGAUUCUUCGCGCUGAAUGGAUUAUCUAAUUCGUGGACUAAAAAUUUCCAAACAACCCUUCCGGCUGGAGAUUAUUGUGACCAAUACAGUGGCAGCUUGAAAGAUGGAAAAUGCACAGGAGCCAGAAUUACAGUUCGUUCAGAAGGACAGGCUGGUAUUACAAUUCCCGGACUUAGUGUAAUCGCCAUUAGCUUGAGUUCACGUAUUGGACCAGUUCCAACGCCUUCUCCAAAUUCUGCAAACAUGCAGAAGACGGUCAUCUUUUUACAUGCAAGUACGGAAGAAGGCGACAAUUUGUUCAUAAGAGGAGGAAAAAGUGAAAUGAAUCAUAAUGAUUGCUUGAAAGGUCCUUAUCAGCAAGAAAGUGACCCAUGUGCUAUUCCAAUCCAGCAUAAUACGACCGUUCCAUUUGUUUAUGGCGAAUAUUUGAGUUGGAAGCAAUUGGAUCAGUAUUUAGAUUUUGAAGGAGACGAACAAAACCAAGGUACUCAUGAUGGACAGAAAGCCUUUGGUACACCUAUGGCAUAUUCUACAAACGAUAAAUCUGCUGUUGAGUAUCAACCUCUGAAUAAAUAUGGAGCAAAUUAUUGGAUGGUACAGCUACUGAUGGAUUGUUCAAAGACUGAAAACGGAUGGUUUGAACUAAAAGGCUAUUUAACACCAAACAUAGGAUGGGAAGCGAAUAUUUCGCAAACCAGUUGUAAAGGAUCUGUAGGUGGAACAGCUCCAUUCAAAUCAAUCAACCAUAUUGCUAUGUGUGGCAAAGUGAACGUUUUCAAUUGGAACUCACCUGAUUGUCAAAUUAAUAACUUUUAA